UGACCCCAUUGUGAAGGCUAAAGGUGCUGGCUGGCACAGAACAAGGAGAUCUUUCUGCAUCAGGGUGUAAAUCUGUAUCAUCUCCACCAUGAAGAUAUUGACUCUGCCGUCUCUACUUGUUGCCUUGAUGGCUCUGAGCCGAGCUGCUGGUUUUCCAUUUGCUGAGGAUCACAGUGAGACCAAGGAAACCCUUCCAGAAGCAGCAACGGACCUGGUCAAGAGACAUAAAUCGUGUCCUUAUGGAUGGUCUCAGUUCAAAUAUCGAUGCUACCGCUACUUUUCUACCCCCAUAACUUGGGCCAGAGCUGAGAGAACCUGCUUGUCCAUGCAGGCAACCCUUGCCUCGGUGCAUAGCUUUGAGGAGUACCACCACAUUCAGGGAGUGAUAAAGGCAGUUAACUUACACAAUAAACAAGUGUGGUUGGGAGGAUCGGAUGCCCAAGAGAUCUCAAUUGUUGGGAUGAUGUGUGGUGUACUGCUAAUCGGCCUUUUGUCUGCGCCAAGAAAAUCUGAUAUUACUCCAGAGUUCAGAAAGAGGCAUGAAAAAACAGAAAUAGUGGAGCAAGUGUGUUUGUGUUUGUCUGCAUGUCUGUCAUCUGCCGAAUCACCCAAGGCUUCUUCUGCUUUUAACACAAUUUCUCUCUUUAAUCCAAUUUAAGAAAUGAAGAGACAAAUAACAUUUAGCUGUUUUCUAACUUUAAACAGAACUUAUUCAUUGAGCUAAAACAAUAAUCAAUAGAGUGGUUUUCUGCUAUUCUUUGGCUUUGCAUAAAUAAAACUGUAAAUCACUGAAACUA